AGUGGAGAGCUAUGAUUCUACCAGACAGAUACAUAGACCAUGGAUCUCAAGCAGACCAAAUUGAAGAGGCUGGACUCACUUCCAAGCACAUUGCUGCCACUGUUUUGUCUCUCAUUGGUGAAACCAAGGAAAACCUUCACCUUCUCAACCUCUAGUUGUACUUUUUAUUCCCAAUAGAAUUUAUCACUUUUAUAGUUAUUAACUAAGUCAUCAAUGGAAAUAUAACCUCUUUACACCAUGUAUUUUGUAGAUAUUAUAAGGAAACUAAGGAGGUGUGUUUUCCAUUGUAAUGUUGUAUAUGUACAAGGAUCUUCACUUUGCAUUACCUUAUCAAUGAUAAGUAAUAAUGUCUUUUGUUAA